AUGCAUAAUAAACUAUCAGAACCAACUGAAUUCAAUCAUGGAAAUCGAUCUAUACGUAAAUCAAAGUGGACUUCGAACCUAUCCAUUGUGUCGAAGAAAAAAAUUAAUGGUAUUCCAUCUAUUAAAAUUGAAAUUGAUGUAGAUAAUAAAUUAGAAACAAACAAAUCUUCACCAACAGUAGAUAAAACGAAUGGAAAUUUAUCGCCUAAUCAUCGUCGACGUCCAAAACGUUCAUCGGUAAACAAUAAUGCAUUUUUAUCAACAAUUGGUAGUGUACAUGAACUCAUGUCAUUUGUUAUCUAUAAAGAUAAUCCACCAUCGUGGUUAAAACAAACUGAUUUAUACAAAGAAUAUAAAAAGAAAUCUGAACAAAUAAAUACCGAAAAUCUAUCGUCAGUAUCACCUCCUCAUUAUCAUCAACAAUUGCAUCGUAAACAACGUUGUAACCUUCAAAUGUACGCACGAUCAAGUCUUUCAUGGCAAUCAUUACCAUCCCCACCAUUACUUAAUUUAUCAUUAGAGAAUUAUUCAAAUGAAUCAACACAUAAAAAUAAACGUGACACAAAUAUAUCUCCUAUAUAUGCAUCUUCAUUAUCAUCGUCGUCGUCGUCGUCGUCGUCGUCGCCAUCUGCAUCAUCAUCAUCAAUGAUGGAUUUCACAUUGCCAUUGAAUAUUUCGAUAAAAUCCGAACCUGCUGAACAAAAUUCAACUUCAACACCGAAUAAAUCUAAACCAAUAAAACAAUCAUCGUCGACUGUAACAACAAGACGACAACAUAUGUUAUGCAAGAAGAAAAUUCCUCAAAAUGGCGCACGUCAUCCACAACGUAUGAACAGUGUAGAAGAUCUAGAAGCAUUAGAGAGAAAAGAUCUAUCAUCCUCAUCGCAACAUGACAGUAAUACAUCGACUUCAUCAUCUUCUAUAGAACAUACAUCUCCAUCGCCAACCACAACUGUUUCAGGUUCAUCCUCUCAACAUUCAAGUCCAGCCGAAUAUAUGCGUGGUUAUGGAUCAAUAAACACUCGACUUUCUUCACCAUUACGUAUUCAAACAAGUAUUUCACCUCAUUUACAAUCAUUAUCAACAUCACAACGUCGUUCAACACGUAUAUGGGCACCGUCAAGUUUUUAUAUUAAUCCGAUGUGGAUUAUACCGACGGCUGCUACAUCAAAACGAUCAGUUACACAAAAUUCAUCAUUAUCACCCUCGCCAUCAUCCGAAACAAAUCAACGACCAAAACGACUCUGCCGUUCGUAG